AUGUCCUCGGACCCGGGGGCAAGUUACUACGCCGCAUUUGUAGCAUUAUGCAUCAUUACGCUGAAGGCAGUCAAUGAGGAGGUGACCGAGCCUUACAUGGACGAGCCGUUUCAUGUCCCGCAGGCGCAGGCGUACUGCAGAGGGGACUACUGGGCAUGGGACCCAAAGAUCACCACACCACCAGGACUCUACGUGCUGAGCCUGCUGUUGAAGCAAGUCUUCAUGUUCAAAUGCAACCUCGCCAUGCUCCGCCUCACGCCCGCGCUCUCCCUCGCCGCGCUCCCUUUCGCACUCACACGCCUUCUCUGCUAUCACAGGCGCGUGAGGCCGCCGUACACCGUCUUUGUGCCCACCACGGAGGGCGUCGUCCUCACCAGCUUCCCCAUCGCGUGGUUCUUCGGCUUCCUAUACUACACCGAGACGCCGAGUCUGUUCUUCGUGGUCACAACCGUGGUCGCGGCGUCGCAGGGGAGGCACUGGCUUGCUGCGCUGCUAGGCGCCGUCAGCUGCACGUUCCGCCAGAACAACAUUGUUUGGUCAAUCAUGUACCUUCGCUUCCGACGCACGCCUGCGGGCGCUCGGCCAGUUGCUAAACUCCACGAUCCGCCUGCUCUUGACGCCAUUCCAGCUGAUCUGGUUCACUCCGUAAUCACCUUUCCUAGGGUCCUCCUGGACAUUCUUGGCGCUUUCGUGCCCUACGCGUUGGUCCUUGCAGGUUUCGGUGCCUUCGUAGUAUGGAACGGUGGUAUCGUCCUUGGUGAUAAGUCGAACCAUGUUCCAGCCUUGCACAUCCCGCAGCUGUACUACUUUGUGGGGUUUGCUACCAUAAUGGGAUGGCCAGCCCUGAUCAGCGGGAAAGGCGGCCUUUAUGCGUUAGCGCGCGAGGUGUGGAAACGGAUGUUCGGUACCGUAAGCAUCCACCACCCCUUCCUGCUGGCCGACAAUCGACACUAUACCUUUUACGUCUGGCGUAGAGUUUUCAUGUUACACCCGGUUAUCCCCUACUUGCUGAUACCAGGAUAUAUUGCCUGCACAUGGGCCUGGUUCAUUCGCAUCGGGCAAGACCAAACCUUACUGCAGAACCUUCUGCUCCCCGUCUUCGUUCUUCCUACCCUCAUACCCACACCAUUGCUCGAACCGCGCUACUUCCUCAUUCCCUAUAUCUUGCUCCGAGCUCAGGUGGUGGAUGUUCCGUUGUGGGCGAUAUUGGGAGAAGGGUUCUGGUAUGGGCUGAUCAACGCUGCGACAAUGUACGUGUACCUGCACAAAGAGCGGGCUGGUGUAGGUCGGUUCAUGUGGUAG